GCUAAAAGAUUGAGAAAAGUAAAGUAAAGGGCUAAGAGUAAGGAAGAGGAAGAUGGGUUGGUCUUCCGCAACAGCAUGUGCGUCGCUCUCCUCUUCGACUCCGCUGCCUCGACUUCCACCGUCUCGCACUGGCACUCCCAUUCCUGGUUCGCUUUCAUUUUCAUGGCUUUCUUCAUUUCCCACUUUAACUUUAAGUGCUUCUCGUUCUCGCUCCUCCGGAAUAAACCCUCCCAAUCCCUCACGUUCCGAUGAUUCCUUCAUUCGAGCUGCCUGGACCCGAAGAUCUCGAGGUGAAGCUGCAAAGAAACCUAACAGGAAAUCGUGGAAGCAGAGGACAGACAUGUACAUGAGACCAUUCUUAUUAAAUGUUUUCUUCUCCAAAAGAUUUAUUCAUGCAAAAGUGGUACACCGAGGAACCAGCAAAGUGAUAUGUGUUGCUACCACAAACGCCAAGGAUCUUCGAAACUCCCUUCCAUCCUUGAUAGAUCAUAACGCUUGUAGAGUUGUUGGAAACCUUAUUGCUCAACGAUCAAUGGAAGCUGAUGUAUAUGCAGUAGCCUAUGAACCUAGAAAGGAUGAAAGGAUUGAAGGCAGACUAGGGAUCGUUCUUGAUACUAUUAAGGAAAACGGGAUUAUUUUUGCUUGAGCUCAUUUCCUAUCAAAUUAGCCUGUUUUAAUGUAGCCAGUCUCCUUGCAUGGGUUGUUACGAAUUCUAUUUGAUUGUUUAUGCUUCAUUUGUGCAUUAAUUUGCUAGUUGAUGAAUUAAAUUGUUCUAGUUUUUAUGUUUUCGUGUUGAGUUAUUUUGGUAGGUACAGGCCCAAUUUGAUUGUUGAUUUAUAGUGUGUU